AUGACUGUCGAGCUGGUUUUAGUUUUGCUUUUACUGUCUCAGGUGUUGUCUGCAACAAUUUUGCCAACCGUUCCGGGGCAGUCGGGACAACGGAUCGUCGGCGGAAUCCCGGUAAACAUAACUGAAUUUCCGUAUCAGGUGUCGCUGCAGCGUGGUAGGCAUUUUUGUGGGGGUUCUAUUUUGAACGAACGAUGGAUCUUAACCGCAGCUCAUUGCACGAGGGGCAUCACCGAUCCGACAACACUGAAAAUUCGUGUUGGAUCAACGCAUGUUCAGGAUGGUGGUGCUGUUGUUACUGUUCGGGAUAUAUAUUUACAUCCAAGACACAAUCAGUGGAACCAUUAUGAUUUUUCGCUGUUGGAACUAUCGGAACCGUUGAGGAUGGAUGAGAAUAUUCAACCGAUAGCCGUUCCUGCACCGGACGCAUCGUUUGCGGAUGGGAUGCUUUGUGUUGUUUCCGGCUGGGGCAACACGCACAAUAAGAACGAAUCUUCGCUUAAUUUGCGAGCUGCGGCUGUUCCAUUAUACAACCAGGACAAGUGCAACGCUGUCUACAGAGAGUACGGCGGUGUAACGAAGAGCAUGAUUUGUGCAGGAUUCGAAGAAGGAGGCAAAGAUUCGUGCCAGGGUGAUUCGGGUGGACCGCUCGUGUGUGAGGAGGUUUUAGUGGGUGUUGUAUCCUGGGGAAAAGGAUGUGCUCAAGCUGGAUAUCCCGGCGUUUACGGGAGAGUCAGUAGCGCAGUUGAUUGGAUUACUGAAACUAUGAAUGAAGUGGUUCAUCAGAGUAGUUGA